CAAUGGCAGAGGUGCAACGUUGUGUUGUUUAAAUGUUGCCCGGCAAGUCAGCAGUUCCCUUUCCUAUCUGACGCUUGGUACUGCUAUCUUUAGCCUCAGUCUAUUUUCAGAACAGGCAGGACAUGAUGCCACUCUGCACCGCUCUGACAUACUUCUAUUGACUUUCGUCUCUAUGAAAAACUUCGGAGAUUGUGUCACAUUUUUAGACAUGCAUUGCCGCUGAAGCGUGCUACAGGCUUUCCGGGAGAAGACUCCGAAAAUGAAAUGGAUGCCUGUACAAGCCCAGGACACGAUCAGAGCACCGUAGCCCGGGGUGUCAGCCCAGGGCCAGGACAGCUGGAGCUGCUCACAGGCCCAAUGACGGUGAGGGUGGAGGAAAGCCUGUUCACCGUGGAACGCACCCUGCUGGGGCAGAGCAGCGAGUACUUCUGUGCCCUCUUCCGCUCCGGCAUGAGGGAUUGCCAACAAGACGAGCUGUAUCUUAAAGGGGGAGUGCGUGCAAGGGGUUUCCUAAUUGCUUUGUCUGUAUGCAGGGGUGAGACACCUGACAUCAGGGACCCGGAUGAACUUGUGGAAGCCGUCGAGUGUGCCGCCUUCCUGCAGGUGGCUCCCUUGGCACGACACCUGUGUGAUCUCGUCGACUCGGACAACUGCCUCCUGCUAUACCACGCCGCAGCGGUCUAUGGCCUGCCGACUCUAUUUCGCAGCGCUGCUCUCUUCCUCCGCGAUGCCUACGCUGACCUGAAGGAGGCAGCGGAGAGCGCGCUGCCUGCGGAGCUUCUCAGAUACACCGAGUCACUGUCCCCGGCCGCGUACGUCGCCCUGGGGACCCACUCCCCGUCCGUGGAACUUUUGCAUGACUGUUUUCGGAAUGUUUGCUACCUGGAUGAGGAAGAGGGGGAGUGGAAGCCACUGACUGACCUCCCGACCCUCUGCAGCACCUCCAUGGCUGGAGUUACAGUCCUGGACAACCGACUUUACAUCGUCGGAGGCGUCUACGGGUAUGGGAAGGACACGGUCGAUUGUAGCUUCUGCUAUGAUCCGGAGAAGGGAGCCUGGUGCAUGCUACCGGGACCCCAGCAACCCCGAUUCGACUUCACCCUCCUGGGACUCGAGGGGCGACUUUACGCAGUGGGCGGCGAGCACAAGAAAAGGACAAUAUCUUCGGCAGAGGCAUAUGAUGUCGUCGGAGGGGAGUGGACGUUCAUACGGCACGCGCCGAGGCCGGUGGCGUCGGCAGCGUGUGCCGUGGCGAGGCGGCGGAUGUUUGUGUGUUUCUGGAAGCCGCCUGAGACGACGGAUAUUUAUGAGUACAUUCCGGCGAGAGACGAGUGGACUCUCGUCACCACCAUGAUAAAGCCGCAGAGCUACGGACAUUGUAUGGUGGCCCACAGGGACAAUCUUUAUGUCAUGCGCAACGGGCCCUCAGACGACUUCCUUCGCUGCCUCAUGGAUCGCUACAAUAUCACCACUGGGCAGUGGACAGCGUUGCCUGGACAGUACAUCAACAGCAAGGGGGCGCUGUUCACCUCGAUGAUCCGGGGUGACUCGGCGUUUACUGUCAAACACAUGUUGACUCUGGAGUACAGCAUCGCUGGAGACUUGUGGAAACCACGUAGGCAGAUGAAAGGGUUUCCAAAGAGUGGUUCCCUGUGGACGUGCUUACUGCGUCUACCUAAGACUAGAACAGGGAAGUCUGAUGGAGAAAAGAGGGGAUCACUGACAGAUAAAAACAUUCCACUCACUUCCUCCCAGAAAACUGACAUCUGGGUUACCAUGGGAGCACAAGCCAUGAGUGAGCCUCAUGCUGUAGGGGACAGCAGUGAGAAAGUCACUGAAGAGAGCAAGCUGAACAAGCUGCAAGUUACUCCAUAUUGCCUCAUGUGAAGUUGUGUGUAAUUGCAGAUUGCUUUUGACACCUGUAUGUGGACUUUGACCCUCAUGUUGUAGUUAAAUUCUGUUAGUUUGAAGGCUUUUAUUUCACUAUGAAUGGGAUUGUUUGAUAAGACUUUUGAACAAAUAUACUUAACUAGGCAGUAGAUAUGUGCUUUUGUGUUCCACAAAGGGCUAUUUAAUUUUUUUUGUCAUACAAUGGAACUUACUCUCAAAGACCCUUCUGAAUGUAAGGAGGACAUACACAAAAUAUAUAGUAUAUAAUAUAUAUAUAUGUAGUUGUAUCAUGGCACCAAAAUAAAAACGUGUGUCUAG